AUGCCAAAAAAUAUAAAAUUUGAACCCAUUUCUCUAUCGUUAAAUCCUGAAACGUUGGUCAUAACUUCUGAUUUGCAAUGUGAUAUCCUCGAAAAAGCUUUCGAAAGAUACGCGAAUAUAAUGUUUUCGGACGAAAAUUAUCACAUUGAUCCAGAAUUACCACAAAUCGCUAAACUAAAUCUAAUCAUUCGAUCUAAAAUCUGUGAAUCCUAUCCUCCACCAAACAUGGAUGAAGCUUACGAAUUAUAUUUUAAAAAAUAUUUCUAUGACCCGAAACGCAACGAUAUGCAAAGCCCCGAUCUCAACACUAUACAAAAUCAAAUAUAUCGUGACAGGGAAGAAACCCUUUCCGACAUUAGCAUUUAUGAUGUGUACGAAGCCCGCAUCAUUUCUCAAACGAUUUGGGGUGCUUUGAGGGGUCUAGAAACAUUUAGUCAAAUGAUAACGUACACCAACAACAAUACGUACGUAAUAAACAAGCAAACAAUAUACGAUAACCCGCGGUUUAAACAUAGAGGACUAUUGGUAGACACUGCUCGAAAUUUUAUAUCAGUACCCAUCCUGAAGAAAAUAUUAGACGGUAUGAGUUAUAACAAAAUGAACGUAUUUCAUUGGCACAUAGUUGACGAUCAAGCUUUUCCUUAUGAAUCAAUCACUUUUCCAGAAUUAUCAAAAAAAGGUGCAUAUACCCCAGAACACAUCUAUAAACAAAAUGAUGUUGCAGAUAUCAUAGAAUACGCUCGAUUUCGAGGAAUAAGGGUUAUACCGGAGUUUGACACUCCUGGCCAUACAUUUUCAUGGGGGAAAUCUCAUCCAGAAAUUAUGACCUCAUGUUAUGGAGAUGGGAGAAAUCCUAAUACACCUCGUUUGCCUCAUCAUCGUUCUAGAGAGAAUUUAGACCCCUUAUCUCCUAUUACUUACAACUUUAUAGAACGUUUGUUUAAAGAAAUAUUUCGCAUAUUUCCUGACCCGUAUUUCCAUGCUGGAAUGGAUGAGGCAUAUCCCGCUUGUUGGCUUUCAAACCCUUACAUUAAUAACCUAACGUCCAAUACUUAUUCUGACCCUUACAAAAUCGCUUUCGAUAUUUAUAUCAAUCGUACGUUGCCCAAAGAUAUAAUACUUCAAGUUUGGAAGAAUUGGGGAUUCGAAGUAUCGCUAGCUCACAAAAUUCAGCAAUACGCAUUAUUGGGUCACAAGUUAAUAAUAUCAGCACCUUGGUAUUUAGAUGAAGAAUAUCGUAAAGAAGAUUGGAAAAGAUUUUACACGUAUGAACCGGAAAUGUCUAUGGACUUGGAAUCUUUUUUAACUUCGCCGAUUAUUGGGGGAGAAGCUUGUAUGUGGUCAGAAUAUAUUGACGGGUCUUCAAUCUUGGAAACUAUUUGGCCUAGAGCAUCGGCUGUCGCUGAAAGAUUAUGGAGUCCAAGGAGAGUUAACAACAUUGAUAAUGCGGAACUAAGAUUAGGGGAGCAAAGAUGCCGAAUGACUAGACGAGGAAUUGAUGUUAGACCUAUUAAACCUGGAUUUUGUGGUAAAUAUGAUUAUGGAUUAAGGCCAGAUUCGACUAAUCCUGACAAUAUUACCGGAAAUUGGAUUCUACUUCCGUCAUAA